UGUCCCUCAGCCUCGUUUUGGUUGAAGAGGUCUGCAGCAGAAGACCUGGCGUCCCGCUGGUCAGCAGGAACUAACGUUAGCCUCGCCCUGUCCGGAGAACUGCACCACACCAACAAUGUCCAGCGACCUGAGUAACCGCUUCUCCGUCUUCCAGCCAGACAUGAUGGAUGACAUCCGACAAAGCUUUAACGAGAUCGACUUGGAUGGCAGCGGGUCGAUCUCCACCAGUGAGCUGGGCGCGCUGUUCCGGGCCGUGGGGGAAGACCUGCCCGGAUACAAGAUCCGAGAGCUCACGGCAGAACUCGAUAAGGACAAAAAUGGCACCAUCGAAUACGAAGAGUUUCUCGCGAUGUAUGCUGAGAUGAAGUCCAGCCACAUUGCUCAUUCCUUUAAGAAGGCUGUGGCUACUAAACAGGGCAUAGUGAAGAAAGGCGGCAUGUCUGGAGUGUCUGUGGAGGGGACCACACAUUCCUAUUCAGAAGAGGAGAAAACAGCCUUUGCAGACUGGAUCAACAGUAACCUGGCAGAUGAUGAGGACUGUAAGCCCUACCUGGACAUUGAUGUCAACUCAGAUGAGCUGUGGACCAAACUACAAGAUGGCAUCCUCCUCUGCAAAAUGAUCAACCUGUCGUGCCCAGACACCAUUGAUGAGCGUGCAAUCAACAAGGCCAAACUGAACCACUACAAGAUCACCGAGAACCUGAACCUGGCUCUGAACUCUGCCAGUGCCAUCGGCUGUAACAUCGUGAACAUCGGAGCUGAUGACCUGAAGGAGGGCAAGCCUCACCUGGUGCUGGGUCUGCUGUGGCAGAUCAUCCGCAUCGGUCUGUUCGCUCAGAUCGACCUGCAGCAUAACCCAGGACUUGUCCAGCUGCUCCAGGAGGGGGAGGAUAUGGAAGACUUACUGAAACUGUCCCCAGAAGAACUGCUGCUGCGCUGGGUCAACUAUCACCUGGAGAAGGCCGGCCAUCCCAAAAGGAUCAGCAACUUUGGAGCUGACAUUAAGGACUCCGAAGCGUACACCUAUCUGCUGAAUCAAAUUGCCCCACCUGACAGAGGAGUUGACCUUGGACCUAUGAAUGAGAACGACCUUGAAGAGCGUGCAGAACUCAUGCUGCAGAAUGCAGACAAACUGGACUGCAGGGCCUUUGUGACACCUAAGGAUGUUGUUCGAGGGAACUCCAAGCUGAAUACAGCCUUCGUUGCCAACCUGUUCAACACUUGGCCAGCUCUGGACCUGCCAGAAGAGAUGCCAGACAUUGAAGGGCUAGAGGAGACGCGUGAAGAGAAGACAUUCCGCAACUGGAUGAACAGUUUAGGGGUCAGCCCGUAUGUCAAUCAUCUCUACAAUGACCUGAUGGACGGCCUGAUCCUGUUCCAGACGUACGACAAGGUCAAGCAGGGAGUUGUUGACUGGGGCCGGGUCAACAAGAAGUUCAAGGCUCUUGGAGGGAACAUGAAGAAGAUGGAGAACUGUAACUAUGCUAUUGAGCUGGGCAAGAGCAUGAAGUUCUCCUUGGUCGGUAUCGGUGGCAAGGACAUCUUUGAUGGCAAUGAGACAUUGACACUGGCGGUCGUGUGGCCAGCUGAUGCGUGCGUACACACUGGCCCUGCUGCAGAACCUGAAAGGAUCAGAAGGACCAAUCAAAGACAAGGAGAUAGUUGACUGGGUCAACACCACUGUGAGUACAUGUAGAUCA